AUGCCUGAAUAUUUUAAUCGAAGUUGCUCUAGGUGGGAUAUAAAAGAUUUUUUAGAGGAAUAUGAAGACAAUGAUUUAAGUGAAAAAUUAGGUAUUUACCUUAGAUCACUUGAGGUCAUCGCCGAUAACGAAGAAGGACAAAGGAGUAAACGAGCAAAAGAGUUGCUUCUAAAAUAUAGAGAGAGGGUUGUCUUACGUUCAAGGCUAGAGGCUGACCCGAAUAAUCGGCCCGAUCGUCAAAAAGCACGGAACUUGAAUAAUGGACAUAUGAAUGGUAGUGGUAACCCCUCAAUUAGCAUCAAUAAUUCAACAGUUUCUGGAAAUGUCCAAGAAUUAUUUCGAAGAGAAAAACUACCGUAUGUAGAACAAAAUAUUGAGGGUGAAGAUGAUGAGUUACUUAAAUGGCAACAACAUACUCUUCAACAAUUGUCUAAUGGAAUUGGUUAUCCGUCUAAGCAAAAUAUUCAUAAUAUACUUGAUGUAGAAUCAAAAGCUUCCAAAUUACGCCGAGGGUACGGCCGAUGCCCUGACUAUAAAUUAAAUAAUAAAGAUGGUACACGCACGGGUGUACUUGCUGAGAUAACGAGCCCCAAACGUAGAAAUGAUGAGCCAAAAAUAUAUUGGGAUAUCUACCGAGGAGUAAUAAACGCAAAAGACGAAAUAGACCAGGAUAUAAGACAAAACGAAAUAUGUCCGGAUGAAGCAAAGAGAAUCAUCAUUUUCAUCGUCGGAUUUAAAAUGAGUGUAUGCAUUUUAGACCUUUUGUCACCAGGUAUAUAUAUAUAUUGGCAGAAGUAG